GGUGGGGAAAUCUUUCUUCUUUAUCAUCACUGCGCAUGACGAAUUCCCAAACUAGCCUCUCCCUUCCUCAACGCUUUCAGUCUGCCCUCACAUUAUGCGCCUGCGUACUACUAUCUAGGGGCUCCAGAAUAGGGAGAAUCGGUGGGAGUUAGCAAGCUGUGUAAUGGCGGCCUCGGUGUUGCUGUCUGCGGAGAACACCGGACUUACUUUUGCGGUCGGCAAUUCUGGAACUGUAGGGGCUCCCGGGAAUGGAGUAGGGGUACCGGUUCCUGUACCUUGGAAUCGGUCACUGGACAGGGCAUUAGACGAAGCCUCGGCAACUGGUUGCCUCAACCUCAGCGGCAGGAAACUGAAGGAGUUCCCGAGGAGCGCCGCAAACCACGACCUCACAGACACAACUCGGGCCGACCUGUCCCGUAACCGUCUGCCAGAGCUGCCCGUGGAGGUGUGUAUGUUUGUCUCUUUGGAACACCUGCAGCUCUACCAGAACUGCCUGCGCUCGCUGCCUGAGAGUCUUCUCAAUCUCCAGGCCCUCACCUACCUGAACAUAAGUCGGAACCAGUUGUCGACCCUGCCCAGCCCGGUGUGCAGUCUGCCGUUGAAGGUCCUGAUCGCUUGUAACAACAAGCUGGUCUCCCUUCCCGAAGAGCUGGGCCAACUACGACAGCUCACAGAACUGGACGUGAGUUGUAAUGAUAUCCAGACACUCCCUCCUCAGGUUGGUCGACUGGACUCGCUGCGAGACCUCAACAUCCGCCGCAACCACCUGGCCCGCUUGCCCCCAGAGCUGGCUGCGUUGCCAUUGGUGCGUCUGGACUUCUCUUGUAACAAGGUGACAUCCAUCCCUGUGUGUUACCGCAACCUGCGUCACCUACAGAGCAUCGUGCUGGACAACAACCCCCUACAGAACCCACCCGCACAGAUUUGUAUAAAGGGGAUGAUCCAUAUAUUUAAGUAUCUGAACAAUGAGGCCAGCAAGACUACACCUGAGCUCCCAGACUACGACAGGAGACCCCUUGCCUUCGGAUCCUGUGUGGAGGAGCUGUACCCUGGCCGGCCGUACGGAGCGUUGGACUCUGGCUUCAACAGCGUGGACAGUGGAGACAAGAGAUGGUCAGGCAACGAGCCCACGGAUGAGUUGUCGGACCUGCCACUGCGUGUGGCAGAGAUCACCAAAGAACAGAGACAGCGGAGGGAGAGGGAGGAGCACAGGACGUCUGGCUCCCAUCCUGUUACCAACGGCACAUUAGAGGCAGAGCUGGAGCAGAUUGACUUUAUAGACAGUUGUACAGGAGAGGAGGAGGAGGCCCAGUUGUAUAGGAGAGGAGGAGGAGGAGGAGAAGUAGCAGAAACAAUCAGCCUCAGUUCCCAGUUCAUGGCUUACAUUGAGCGCCGUGUCACCAGAGAGGGCUCUCCAGUCAAGUCCAACUCCUCCAGAGACUCAAGGACAGACGACCCGAGGCGACACAAUUCUCUGCAGAACCGGACUGCCCAUGAUCCAGACUCUUCUGCCUCUCAUAAUCAGAGAGGGUCAGGGGCUGGGGUUGGUGCGGGUCCGAGCGGGGCACCGGGUGGGGGCGUGGAGCGCGUGCGGAGGAUGGCCCAGUUGGCCGCCCUGCGGUACGAGGAGGAGAGGCAGAAGUCACGCUCAGUGCAGCGGGACGCCAUCAUGACCUACGUCAAGCACAAAGCAUCUCAAAGCCCUACCAAGCUGAGUCCCACAGAGAACGAGAACACGUACCCCUCCAGGCGUUCUACCCACACGGACGACUCGGCCCUCUUCAUGAGCGAGUCCCAGCCUCGCAUGGUGUUUGAGGUAGACACUGACACCAACACUAUAAAGAGGAGGCCUGGCACUCACAAGCAGUCUCUUUCCGGGUCUGGGAUGUCCAUAGAUAUCGUCCCCACGUGUCUACUGCAGCAGGGCGAGGAUCGCUGCUCCUCCCUGUCUCCCACGGCCCUCCAAUCACCUUCUUACCCCGGCCCUAUUGCCCCGCCCUCCUGCCAGGGGCCCGCCCAGCGGCCAGACAGCUUCUUGUUUCGCCUCAGCCAGAAGGAAGAGCAGAGGAGAGGUGAUGGUGCUGCACCCAGGCCAGAGCCUGAAGAGGUGACCCCUACCCAGCCUCAAGGCCCCAUGGGAGAGGAGGCUGCUCUGGUGGAGCAACUGCGGAAGAACAUAGAGUCGCGUCUGAAAGUGUCCUUGCCCAGCGACCUGGGAGCAGCACUGACCGACGGGGUCGUCCUCUGCCAUCUGGCUAAUCAUGUGCGGCCGCGAUCCGUACCCAGCAUCCAUGUGCCCUCCCCUGCUGUGCCCAAACUGACGAUGGCCAAGUGUCGGCGGAAUGUGGAGAACUUUCUGGAGGCGUGUCGCAGGAUCGGGGUUCCACAGACCCAGCUGUGCCUGCCCCUCCACAUCCUAGAGGAGAGAGGGCUCCCCCUGGUGGCUGGGACGGUGCGUGCACUCCUGGAGCUGGCCCUGCCCAAAUACACAACCUCCCCUGCCACCACCACUAACCCUCUGGCCAUGUAGGGCAGCAGAGUUCCACACUCACUCAUGGAUGGACAGACACAGGACCCACCCUCUCGCUCUCCGAAUGUACAUUAUAUGGCUUUCCCUCUCGACCCCCCCCGCCCCCUCAACCAUACAGGGUCACCCCAGCCUUCCCAGACAGGUCUUCCCCAAUGAAGAGAGAUGAGGGAGCACGAGUAUGUCAAAGAAAGGGAUGACUGUCUCUUCCACUGUGUCCUCACACAGACUGCUUACGACUUGCAGCCUCGAAAGACUGACGGACGAACAGAUGAACAACCGAGAUUGUCCCAGACAAACGGUCAGUUGGACGGCGAGUAAGAGGGUUUUUUAUUUUCUAUUACUAGUCAUUCUCUCUCCAUCCUCUUAUCUAUGUUCAGUAGGGGUUGUUUUAUUUUCUAUUAUUAUUAUUAUUAUUAUUUCAUCUUAUUUUUCAUAUUCCUUUUACUUUCACAUGUUAGAUCCUUGCAUGUCAGAGGGGUUGGGUGGGUGUAUGGGGAAGGGUUAGGAGACUAGCAAGUUGUCGGUUGCCUAAGUAACCUUUAAGGUCAUGUGCUACAAAGAGCAACAAUAACGGUGGUGGUCUGUCGUCAUGGGAACAUUGAUGCUGCCAACACUUAAAAUGGCUGUUAUUAAAUGAACGUGUCUUUUUUUUUUUGUUAUGUGGUCAAAUCACGAGCUGGCUGAAUCAAAACCAAUGCUGGAUUAGAGAGGGAGAGGGCGCUCCGGUAAUCUCUACGCUUUAUACUUUCUCAAAAUGUGUACAAAACAUUACGAACACCUUCCUAAUAUUCAGUUGCACCCCUUUUUGCCCUUAGAACAGUCUCAAUUCGCCAGGGCCUGGACUCGACAAGGUGCUGAAAGCAUUCUACAGGGAUGCUGGCCCAUGUUGCCUCCAAUGCUUCCCACAGUUGUCAAGUUGGCCGGAUGUCCUUUGGGUGGUAAAACCAUUAUUGAUACACACUGGAAACUGUAGUGUAAAAAACCCAGCAUAGUUGCAGUUCUUGACAUAAACCGGUGAGCCUGGCACCUACUACCAUACCCCGUUCAAAGGCACUUAAAUAUCUUCUUGCCCAUUCACCCUCUGAAUGGCACACAUACACAAUCCAUGUCUCAAUUGUCUUAAAACUCCUUCUUUAAGCUGUCUCCUCGCCUUCAUCUACACUGAUUGAAGUGGAUUUAAUAAAGGAUCAGCUUUCACCUGGUCAGUUGGUCAUGGAAAAAGCAGGUUUUCUUAAUGUUUUGUACCCUCGGGGUCAUUAUACAGAAGUGGUGUAAACUGGGACAAAAAAAUAAAUCACAUUUGUAUCCUAUUUUCCCCCAACUUUCAGCACACGUCUUCCAACAUAUUUCAGGUAGACAUAUACUACUCACACACUUUGUUUGUAUUGCAUAUUUUAAAUAUUUAUCUGAAUUUACCUUACACCCCCCCCGAAAAAAAAGUGUUAUUCCGAAACAUAGUGAAAAAGUUGCAAUAAAGGAAGAACCAUGCACAAUAGUGAUCAUUUUGAUUAACCUUCUAUUAUAGAUUCAUUGGAGAAAUAAUUUGCAAACAAAAUUGACAAAAUAACAGGCGUUUCGGUGGCACGGGUGUCAAUCAUAGACAUAAAUGGAGGACUCCGAAAGAUAUAACUCGUUUCAGUAUAGACAUUGCCAUAUAGAGGGCUUCCACUAUUUAAAUGUAGUCAACUGUGUGGGGAUUCCUAUGGGUUUGGAAGUGAUCAGCCAAUGAUCAGAGGGCUUCCUCAAAUUGGGUUGCUUAUUGUUUGUAAACCCACGAGUAAGGUAAUAUCCAGAAGCCAAGGCCAAGAUUUAUACCAGGACUUUGGUCCCAAGAUCCAGACCCAGUGAGUUGAGACCAUGAUACGUUAAAGACCGAAUGUGGUCUUGAGGGGGACUCAGUCAGGCUUUCAAUUUACUCCUAAAUGUUGUAUAAUGCACAAUUUUGAGUGGGCACAUGGUGGUCCUCUGUAGCUCAGUUGGUAGAUCAUGGCGCAUGCAACUUUAAAUUAAGAUGGCCUCAAUGGCACUGCCGGUGCUGUCACAGACGCCAUAAUGGCAUAGAGUCAAAGAUGAAACCUCUAUCUCUCCAUGGUGUCAAUUGUUUCGGUUGUGACUUUUUCAGUUUGACUUAUUUUGAACAUCCAAUGAGGUUGGUGGCGCCUUAAUUUGGGAGGACAGGCUUGUUGUCAUGGCUGGAGCGGAAUACAUGGAAUGGUAUGAAACACAUGAUUUGUUGCCAUUCCAUUUGCUCCGUUCCAGCCAUUAUUAUGAGCCGUCCUCCCCUCAGCAGCCUCCACCGGCUAACAUAUUGCUAGCUAUCUUUAAUUUCCACAGCCUUAUUCUAAAACGUACAAAAAAAAUUUCACCUCAUCAAUCUACACACAAUACCCCAUAUUAACCAAGAGGAAGCAGUUUUUUAAAAUUACAUAUCUUAUUUACAUAACUUUUCAGAUCUUUUGCUAUGAGACUCGAAAUUGAGCUCAGGUGCAUCCUGUUUCCAUUGAUCAUCCUUGAGAUGUUUCUACAACUUGAUUGGACAUGAUUUGGAAAGGCACACACCUGUCUAUAUAAGGUCCCACAGUUGACAGUGCAUGUUAAAGCAAAAACCAAACCAUGAGGUCGAAGAAAUUGUCCGUAGAGCUCCGAGACAGGAUUGUGUUGACUCACAGAUCUGGGGAAGAGUACCAAAAAUGUCUGCAGCAUUGAAGGUCCCCAAAAACAUAGUGGCCUCCAUUAUUCUUAAGGGAGGUGACCAAGAACCCGAUGGUCAUUCUGACAGGGCUCCUGAGUUCCUCUGUGGAGAUGGGAGAACUUUCCAGAAGGACAACCAUCUCUGCAGCUCUCCACUGAUCAGGCCUUUAUGGUAGAGUGGCCAGACGUAAGCCAUUCCUCAGUAAAAGGCACAUGACAGCCCACUUUGAGUUUCCCGAAAUGCACCCAAAGGAUUCUCAGACCAUGAGAAACAAGAUUCUCUGCUCUGAUGAAACCAUGAUUGAACUCUUUAGUCUGAAUACCAAGCGUCACGUCUGGAGGAAACCUGGCACCAUCCCUACGGUGAAGCAUGGUGGUGGCAGCAUCAUGCUGUGGGUCUGUUUUUCAGUGGCAGGGACUGGUAGACCAGUCAGGAUCGAGGGAAAGAUGAACAGAGCAAAGUACAGAGAUCCUUGAUGAAAACCUGCUCCAGAGUGCUCAGGACCUCAGACUGGGGCCAAGGUUCACCUUCCAACAAGACAAUGACCCUAAGCACACAGCCAAGAUAACGCAGGACUGGCUUCAGGACACGUCUCUGAAUGUCCUCGAGGGGCCCAGCCAGAGCCCGGAAUCUCUGGAGAGACUUGAAAAUAGCUGUGCAGCGGCGCUCCCCAUCCAACCUGACAGAGCUUGAGAGGAUCUGCAGAGAAGAAUGGGAGAAACUCCCCAAAUACAUGUGUGCCAAGCUUGUAGAGUCAAGGUUGUAAUCGUGCUUCAACAAAGUACGAAAUAGAGGGCCUGAAUACUUAUGUAAAUGUGAUAUUUCCGUUUUUUUUUUUUUUAUACAUGUGCAAAAAACUUAACAAUAUAAAUAUAUUUGCUUCGUCAUUAUAGGGUAUUGGGAUGAGGGAAAAAAACAAUUGAAUCCAUUUUAGAAUAAGCUGUAACGUAACAUAAUGUGGAAAAAGUCAAGGGGUCUGAAUACUUUCUGAAUGCACUGUAUGUACAUCCCAAAAGAGAACUUUACACAUUUCUUGAUAUAGGAGAUGUUCGGUACUGACACUAUUUAAGAAUAGAUGAAGAUUUACCAACUCAAAAAUUUGAUCUGAAAUGUUUCCAGAUAGACUACUCACCAUGUGGUCAUGCUGGAGAGGGGUGCAAUCCCAUCACCUGGUGAUAUUUGUAGGAGUUUCUUAAGGCACAGUCUUUUAUUGUGUAUGUAUAGUUAGUGACCUCAAUGUGGGAAGGAUUUAUUUUUUAUUUUUUUAGAAAGAUGUUUAAAAAUCAACUGCUAAUUAGAUCAGUAUCUUUCAAUAUAAUAAUAAAACACCUCUCAGUAGAAAUAAGUGUGUAAACAAUUACUUUUUACUAUAUUAAGUUAACAAUAUAUUUGGUAUUGGCUUGGAUUGAAUUAGAACAUAUCGUGAUGUAUAUAGAUGUCCUAAGUUUGGAGACGUAACUUUUUAAAAUAUAUAUAUAUUAGUUUUUUUCGGGGUGGGAUUGCAAUUUGCACCACUUGUGUAGAAUCACCCAUGUAUAAAGCUGUAAUUCAUGUGUUUUUCCACAAGGAGUUGUGUUCUCGUGUAGCUACAUGGAUUGGACGAUGUCCCUAAGUGCUGGGCCAGGGAAGUAAAAUAUUAAGUACUAUAAGAUAGAAAACAGGCCUCUUAAAGGGUUAGUGUUACGAGUGGGAUUAGUUCAAGCUGAUCCUCGACCAGUGUUUCCAGGCAAUUUCUUCCUUGAGCACAGCUCAGUCAAGUCUCUAAUCAAAGGCGUGUGUAUGGGCAGGUUGACUGACAGCAUGACAUCAAGGCCUGCAACUUUGCAUUAGUAUCUGUGCUUUUAUCUUGCAGUAACGGUUAUUUCUUAUUGUAGUCCACUACUGACGAGCUGUUGGGGCUGGCCAGGUUCUGGGGCUAAACAUACACUACCUUUUUUAUUCUCUACGAACCACCUCAUCACUUUCACAGUUGAGUUCAACAUGGAGAGUUGAGACCGUAGACAAGUAGUAGUGAAUAUGACAUAGUGUCUCCCUCAUGCACAGAACUCAUCUUUUAAUGUUGCUAAGCUUGUAUGACAUUCAAAUGGAUCUACAGAUUGAACUAUUGAUAGUGUUCAAGACACCUUUCCAAUUCUCAUGAUCAAGUUGUUUUUUGUGAAUUGUUCAAACACACCUUAUAGACACAAUGUGGCUCUUGCUACACACAGGUGUGCAUAUUGCUAAUUUGAUCUGGCAGCGGUUACAGUAAUCUGCCAGACCGGAACAGUAUUUAUUUCACUAGCGCUGUCCUUAGUGAAACCCCAUUGAGAAGGCCGUGUUCAUUAGGCACCGAACAGAAGAAAACAACAAUUGUCCAAUAAGAAACAUUGCAGUUCAGUUGCCUUGCCCUAAUGAACAUGGCCCAGCUCUACUUAGAGCAGUGUUACCCACAGAAAGUCAGGUUAACGGACUGACUCUUAGUUCUGAGGCAGACACAACCUCUCGUUCUCAGGGAGGGGGAUGAGGGAGUGCUAGCCACAGAGCUGGCAAUAAUACUCUGGUGAAGACUGACCUGAGGACCACUGAUUGAUGGGAUCUUGUAGGCAGAUUCCCAGCCUCCCUUUUCAGAACUCUAUCUAAAAGAAAGUUAAAAUGGUAAAAACAUACCUCUGAUAUAUAUUUUUCCCUUCAAAAGCUAUGUAGGCUGCCUACAGAGAUGCACAUCCCUACAGUAAAAGCUACGUAGGCUGUCUACUUAGAUGCACAUCCCUACAGUAAAAGCUAUGUAGGCUGCCUUAGAUGCACAUCCCUACAGUAAAGGCGAUGUAAACUGGGAAUCUGCCUACGUAGAUUCUGAAGUGAAAAAAUAUAUCAGAGGUAUGUUUUUACCAUUUUAACUUCGUUUUAGUCAGAGUUCUCAAAAGGGAAGAUAAAGGUGAUUUUAAAUAUAUUAUAAAUGUUUUGUUUUGAUAUUUUCACCCUUACUGACUUGGGCUUUCUCUAGCAGGAAUCAUGUGCCCCUACUGCUGGGUCUGGACCCCUUGACAUAUGUACAGUAAAAUAGAUACAUUCCAUGUGUUUACAAGUAGGUACCGCAUAAAGAGAGGACCUUCUUUCAUGACCGCAACAUGGGUCUUUUUAACUUUACAUUUUUACACCGUUUGCUGAGAAAUUGUCCCUGAAAACAUGUACAAAAUUGAAUUAUUAUUUUCUGGAAUUAAUAUUUGGCAUUAAUAAAAGUGACCCAUAUCAGUC